AUGCAAAAGGUUAAAUCAAAAAAAAAGGUUAUCGUAACACAUCCGUAUUUGCGGUCAUCGUCCAACACGGGUGAUUUAAAAUCGACUGUACCAUCAAACACAGGACUGUCGCGUGAAAGGUGGACAGAAUCUAAGUCCGACACACUCGCUUACACAAAAAGCGCAAACAGUCCAUCACCAACCACCUACAUUGGACAAAACAGCACUCCUCAGGAUAUCACGUCCCUUUCUCAGGAGUCUAUAGGAGCAACACAAAACAACAUCAAGACAGUUCACCACAGCAGCAAAGUGUAUAGAAAUGUGGACCAUUACGGACCAAUGGGAAUGAUGAGCACACCCAGCAUGUCGAUGUCCGCCAUGGAGUCGAUGAACGGCCUGGAAAACGAUUUGAUGGACAUCAGCACAAUUAUUUGCGACAGCUUAAACGACGGAUCGAUACCAACCGCUAGAACAACAGUUUACGAAGAAGACCAAGGAGACUAUGACUACGAAGAGAUUGAACUUAACUCGUUCGUCAAGGAAAAUCUGGCAAAUUUUUUCAUGGCAGCAUCGUCAAAGUCACUGGCAAACAAAUCAGAGGACUGGGGAAUCGAUAGGUCAGUGAACACAGUGUACUCGAGGUCAGGGUUCUUCGCAGACUGCGCAAGCGCAGACAAGGUGUUCCACGGGGAGUACCUGAGCACCUGGGGAAUGCACAGCUUCGCAGAAUGCAGGAUGCCGCUGAUAUUUUGCAUCAUUCUGACGGACAGAGAGGUCAGGAAGCACCAAGGGUUCUCGCCAGUCGCGUCCUUGGCAAUCAAUCUGCUGGACAGGUUCAUGGCGAAUCAGUCGGAUUGCCUGACGAAGAUAGUGCACCUGGUAUACAAUAAGCUGAAGUCGUACAAACAUGAAAAGAGUAGCCGCAAGUCGUCCUUGAGCACCAAGGAUUCAAUUUCCAGCAUCGAUUCUCAGGAGAGUGGCAAGUCCAGCGACAAGUCCAUCAAGUUAAACAAAUCAAACAAGUCCAUCAAGUCCAACAAGUCCAACAAAUCAAACAAGUCCAGUGAGAAGAAGAAUGGCAAGCUUAGUAGCCGCCCGAGUGCCAAAAGUGACAAAAAGGUUGCCAAGGUUAACAGUAAGGGGUCACGCCAGACUAAAAGGAAAGCCGAGGACGUGAAAACAAAUGGAGUUAAGAACGAUGACGAGCCUGAGCUGGUCAACGGGGUCGACUCGGACGACGUGGAUAAGGAAAGGAUGAUCGUGAACAUGGAGGUCGUCUACAACCUGGUGGCGCUCGCCUGCUACUUCAUAGCAGACCGCUACCACGGGCUCGUCAACGUCUCCCCGAAGACGCUGAUGAUUCAGUGGGCAUACACCUGCAGGAUCUUCAAGAAAACGAGGUACGGAGCCUACUACAUUAGCAAGAACAGGCACGCGAGCCUGCACGCCGCGACCUGCGCCAUGUUCGAGAUCUACUCGUCCCUGGACUACGUGGUCACAGUGCCAUCAGUUUCGCAGAUGGUCCAGUCGCUCAUACUCUCGUCAGGUGACAUUCCGUGCUCGCAGAACCCCUCGGAAAAAAACCUUUAUCAGAACGCCGCAUACGUCCUCGGGCGAAUCGCACUCAUAGACGACACUUUCCACAGGUUCAGGGCGUCGGUCCUUGCGCUUUCCAUCUAUUCGCUCAUCAGGAAGUUGGCUUACACGUGUAACGCUCUCCUGGACGACACUUGCACGUGGCUCGAGGUCGACGACGACGAGGGCGAGAUCGAGGAGUGCAAGGAGCUGCUCGUCAAGACACUCUCCCAGUUCUUGAACAGCGACGUCCUCGACGCGGUCACGCAGCCGGUGAACGUGAAGGGGCGCGAUGACGACAUUUUCACCACGACGCUCCUGGGCGACACCAUCAACAUGAAUUUGAGGACGAUAAAGAGCGUGUCUGCCCUCUUGUCUAGGUAA